CCUAGAGCCAUUCUGAAGAUUUUGAUUUCAUCACGCUUGACCGCGUGUGACAUUCCGCCCUAGCUUUAGUAUCUCUAUAGCAACAUGUUACGCUUUUAGUUGACCAUGGCCUCUUCCAGAAGUGUUUCUUCGUCUUGUUCGCGACCAUAUACUUACCCUGGGUCACCAGAUACCUUGAAAAUAUUUACAGAACAUGGCCUUCUUGAACGACCAAAGACCCAUGCUGUCGAUUUCUUGUCUUACAUGCUGUCAAAAACCUCAUUGGAGACUCAAAAAAUAACUCAUUCACAGAUUCAAGAUGCCGGGGAAAAACUGUAUCAAAAAAAGAUUGAUAAAUUUGACCAAGAGAAGAAACAAGCAGUUUUGGAAGCCGUUCAUGAAACACAGAGACUUGCUGAUGAAAACUUGAAAAAGGAACUUGCUUUAGCUUCAGAGAAAGCAGAAAUCGAGAAAGAGGAUGCAGUUGAAGCUUUGAAGCAUUACAAUGAAAGAGUGGCUGCAAGAACAGACAGAAACCGAGGGAAAAUCGAACAGGAAAGAGAAGAAAAACUCAUCUUGAGAUUGAACGAAGAGAAAAAGAAAGCACUUGCUGAGCAAUGGAAACUCGCUGAAAAAUUGAAGGCAGAGGCAAUUGAAAGAGUUCUGACCGAGCAAAGGAGGAGUCUUCGAGCAGAGGCAGCAUUGCAAAGGGAGAAAGCCAUUGCAGAUGCUCUCCGUAUAGCUAGAGAAAAGUUCAAGAAUAAAUUGAAUGAUGAAGUUGAGAAAACAAAACGAUUUUGUGAAAAAAUAAUGCAAGAUGAAAUCAGGAAGAUACAGGAUCUACAUCAAGUUGAAGUUAUAAAACUGCGAGAAAGAAUUGCAGCAGUUGAAAGGCAACUUGAGGUACAAAUGGACAAGAUGCGAAGAGCACAGAGAGAUUACUGGGAAAUGGAAAACGAGUAUUGUAAUUUCCUCGACUAUACAUCAAAAGUUGACGAGUGUCCAUCCGGAUUUCUGAUUGCACCAAAGAAAAGGCAGCAUGGUAAAGGAGACAGCAACCGUGAUCAGAAUGUACAAACCAGAUUGAUCUCUCUCGAUCAAGGAACCAAAACAGUACAAACUGAUUUACAGAUUAGAUUAUAAGCAGUGAUGAGAUUUUAAACCGCAAGAACAGGUUUCCUUUUGUAUCGAAUUCACAAUCACUUCGCUGAUUUCGGAAAACGUAUUUACGUAUCGACCUAAGCCACAAUACCAUGCUUAACCCUUUCCAUGCGAUUUUUAUUUUUUAUUAAAUAAUCAAAUUUGCUACGCCGAUUUUAUGCAUUUGUACCCCCACAACUAAUCGAUCGACUAACGAAAAACUAAUGAUCCUCUGCUGCCUACUGACGACUCGUUGGAAAACUUAUUUAAAGAGCUUGCAAUUGGCGAUUAAAAAAAAAAGUUUUUUUAAAAGUGGUGGUCUGAGUCACAAACCGGAUAGAAAAAAGGCAUUUUUUUUUCUUGGGAGUUGAAACUUCAAAC